AAUAAUUAUUAAUAUUCUAAUUUGAUUUUAGGAAUUGUCUGAACUCUAAAAUUAUGACUGUUUUCUCUAAAGUAUACACCAAAUGUAGUGAGUGUGUUCAUCCAUGGACUACAUCGUGUUCAUUCUUUAGCCUAGAAGUAUUUUACCAUGUCUUUAGGACAUCUUUCAAAAUAUAUGGUACCCUAUAUCUGAUAGCCACACUUCUUGGACAGAAGGGUUGGGAGUAUGUGAGGAAAGAAUUACUGUAUGAAGUUUUGCGAUCCACUGUAUUCCUUUCAUUAAAUGGUAGCUUGUUUGCAGCAUUCUUUUGCUUGAUCAGGAAUCUUUUUGGGGUAUUCACAGUCUUUACAAGUGGAUUUCUCCCUGCAUCUCUGGCAAGCUACAUUGCUAUCAUUGUUGAAAGACCAGAGCGGCGUGGAUUGCUGGCUUUGUACAUGUUUAAUAAUGCAGUUGAAGUAAUUUUCAAUGCACUAGUUAACAGAAAUAUUAUAACAACAUUGUCAUAUGGAGAGGUUUAUAUGUUCUGUGUGGCCACAGGACUAAUAAUGUAUUUAUAUAGGGCUAACAAAUUAAAUAAUGGUUUCAUAAAAAGAAUAGUGAGAUUGCUUCUUGGAGAACAACAGUCAAAUGUAAAUUCGAUUAGCCCCGAAUCUGUAGGCUCAACUUUUGGAUGUAAAGAUAUUUAUAAGAGAGUGCUUUCAACAGUAAAGGCAUUCUCUAUUGGUUAUCUACUACAAGCAGCACCUGGAAUUUUAAAUGCUUUGUUUAACCCUAGGAAAAUUCCUCAAAUUCUGAUGAACAAAAAUAACUUCAAACUUGCUCUAUUUCUCAGUAGUUUUGUCUCAAUAUUUCAAUUUGUGGAGUUCAUGUUAAUGUUUCUUCGUGAAAAGAAAGAUCCAUACAACAGUUUCAUUGCAGGUGCAGCAUCUGGACUGUCAAUGCUUUUCUACAGGAGCUCAACUAUUAGUUUAUAUCUAUUGACAAAGGUUAUAGAGAUUAUAUUUAAGAAUGCUCAAUAUGAAGGUGUCAUACCAUUCAUCCCUUAUGUUGAUAUCAUCAUCUACACAAUUUCAACAGCUACGACAUUUCAUAUGGCUGUAUUUGAAAGGGAGACUUUGAAACCAAGUUAUAUGAGAUUUCUCACCCAUAUUACCAACAACAGGAUCACACCAGCAACUAAAAUAUUUCCACAGUUAUUUCCAAGCAAACAUAAAAUAUAAGGAAUGAUUCUUCGUAGGGAAAUUACUGUACAGCGCCUUUGGGUUUGUACAAAUGGAAAAUUUCGAAAAUGGCGAUGAUAGUGGUGAUA